UAUUAGUUGCUUAAUUACUAAUUUUGUUCAUCAGAGUCCACGACGGUGAGCCCAAUAAAAGCCCCUCGUCUCCUGUGAUCUCCUCCUCCCUCGCCUGUGAUUUUUAGAGAGAGAGAGAGCUUGUAGAGUUUCUUCUCUUUUUACUCUUGGUUCUUAGUUUCUUUUUUCACCAUGUCUCUUCUCACUGAUCUGAUAAACCUUAACCUCUCUGAUUCAACUGAGAAGGUGAUUGCAGAAUACAUAUGGAUUGGUGGGUCGGGCAUGGAUUUGAGGAGCAAAGGAAGGACACUUUCUGGACCUGAGAAUGAUCCUUCGAAGCUUCCGAAAUGGAAUUACGAUGGGUCGAGCACUGGCCAAGCGCCUGGUGAAGAUAGUGAAGUGAUUUUGUAUCCACAAGCUAUUUUCCCAGACCCAUUUAGAAGAGGGAAGAACAUUCUUGUUAUGUGUGACGCCUAUACACCAGCUGGUGAGCCGAUCCCCACAAACAAAAGAUAUAACGCUGCAAAGAUUUUCAGCCAUCCAGAUGUUGUUGCAGAGGAACCCUGGUAUGGUAUUGAGCAGGAGUAUACCCUUCUCCAGAAGGAUACUAACUGGCCCAUUGGGUGGCCCAUUGGUGGCUUCCCUGGUCCUCAGGGCCCAUACUACUGUGGGAUUGGUGCUGACAAGGCGUUUGGGCGUGACAUUGUUAAUGCGCACUACAAAGCCUGUUUGUAUGCUGGCAUUAACAUGAGUGGAAUCAAUGGCGAGGUCAUGCCUGGCCAGUGGGAAUUUCAAGUUGGUCCUUCUGUUGGGAUUUCAUCAGGCGAUCAAAUAUGGGUUGCUCGUUACAUUCUUGAGAGGAUUGCAGAGAUUGCAGGAGUUGUUGUCUCUUUUGAUCCGAAGCCUAUUCCGGGAGAUUGGAAUGGAGCUGGUUGCCAUUCCAAUUACAGCACCAAAUCCAUGAGGAGUGAUGGUGGAUUCGAUGUCAUCAAGAAGGCAAUUGAGAAACUUGGUUUGAGGCACAAGGAACACAUUGCUGCAUAUGGUGAAGGGAAUGAGAGGCGAUUAACUGGACGUCAUGAGACUGCAGAUAUCAACACUUUCUCAUGGGGUGUCGCUAAUCGUGGUGCCUCAAUCCGUGUUGGCCGGGAGACUGAGCGCGAAGGCAAGGGAUACUUUGAGGACAGGAGGCCUGCCUCAAACAUGGAUCCUUAUGUGGUCACUUCCAAGAUUGCGGAGACCACCGUUCUCUGGAAGCCAUGAGAGCAGACAGAGAGAAACGUCCUUUCAUCUUCCUAUAUUAGGGGUGUUGGUGUUCUUCUUAGAUUUGCUUAUUUUAUUUGGGUUUUCCUUUCUCUGCUCUUUGGUUUCAGGUCUCUUUCUUCCUCUAAAUUAGGGUCAUUUUUUGCAUUGCACCUGAGUUGCAUUCCAUUCCAUUGUAGUGAGAGAGAGAGAGAGAGGGAGGGAGUGAGUGUGUGUGCAACCGUAGUUCUCUUGAAGCUGCCUCAAUAGGGAGGGAGUGAGUGUGUGUGCAACCGUAGUUCUCUUGAAGCUGCCUCAAUAAGUGAAGAAAAAAUGAUGAGUGGGUGACACAUUGUUGAAGAGACUUGAAUAUUGUUUGUUAUUGUAAUGCUUGUAAUGUUUGGGACAGGAA